AUGUCCACCGAGUACGGCGCUAUCAGUGAUCCAAUUAAUUUCCUUGACGCGGAAGUCGUCAAGUAUGACGGAACAGUUGUCAUGACAUCCCAAGAGCCCGGUCUUCUUUGGGCUCUCAGAGGCGGCGGCGGCGGCGUUGGUGUCGUCACCAAGGUCCUGCUUCGAGCGCAUCCUUAUCCAACGGAUAUCUGGUCGGGUAUGGUGCUGGUGCCUCGGAAGUUGCUGCCGCAGCUGGUUGACAAGAUGUACGCCUUCAACCACUCCGUCCCUCACCCAAAAGUGAACUAUUUUGCCUACUUGCUACCGAAAAAGCUCCUCGCCACGGUGUUGGAGAGCGACGAGCCUGGUGCCGAAGACUCGGUUGUGUUCCACGUCUACGACGCUCUCGGCGAGAAGCACGGCCGAGACGUUUUCCAAUGGCUCCUGCAGAUGCCCGGCGCGAUUGAUCGAACCAGGGUGACGAACAUGAAGGGGACCCUCGAAACGCAAAGAAACGCGGCAGCUCUCCGAGGGACGAUGAGGACGUUGUACGCCCCGAUGGCAGUUGCUGAUAUGGACCAAAGAGUCAUCACUCGGGCAAUUGAGUUCUAUUACAAGAUCCGCCAACUAGAUGAGUCCACCCACAUCAUGUCGGCGGUGAUCUUUGAGUUCCUCUCGUUUCGAUCCACGAUCGGUGGCACUUCAGAGGUCGCCUGGCCCCGGUCGAAUGGCUUGAACCACCUGCUGCUAUUCAUCUUCAGUGGCCCAGGAGACGGGCCACAGGGGCAGGAAAAGAUCCUGCGGCAGCUUUCCGAAGAUGCCCCGCGGCACGUUCUGGGUUCGAAAGCCGGUGAUGCCGAGAUCAAUCCUGCCGGCCUCGAGCCGGAUUAUCAUGACGUCAAAGGAGUGAGUCGCAAUGCUUCCCUGGAUCCCGAUCUUGAACUAAGCUAUUGGAACGACUGA